ACGCGCGACGAACAGUUUGCCUUCGCAGAGCCGUAUCCACCGUCGCUGGACGACAGACUAUCAUCCCCGCAGAAACUCUUCGGUAGACCCUCUUCUGUCAGCUCUCCGGCUUUUAGCAGCGUCAAGAUGCAACCAAAGAUGACCGUCUUGUGCACACUGCUGGCAUUUGUAAUGGUCGUCGCAGUUUUGAGUCUCACAGUCGAUGCAAUACCGCACAGCCAUGAAAGUUACUGGGAUCAGCAGGAUGACAUGGACCGAGACGAGUUUUUAGAAAUACUCUCUCGUCUAAGUCGCACCGUCAUGAACCGCCCCGAAAUGGAAAACAGCAAACGAGGAUUGGAUCUGGGUCUCAGUCGUGGUUUCAGCGGUUCUCAAGCGGCGAAACACUUGAUGGGACUUGCGGCGGCGAACUAUGCCGGCGGUCCCGGACGGAGGCGUCGCUCGGAACAGGCGUAGAUCGCAAAUACGAUCGCUGAUGCCGAGAAAUUACUAUCCAUAACAACUAUCCUUAACAAUGUCACUUUUGACUCGAUCCUUCUACUUUGUCUCUGUCUCGAGCUUGAACCGCCAUCGAUCUCGAAAUCGCCAUUGCCAGUGGCGUGACUGUGUGUAUAAGCAUGCAUUUAAAUCUCCCCUCUAUAUUAAAUAUUCCUGCUCUUUCCCUAAAUAAACCUUAAUAGAAUGCGCAUAAAUAUAUAAGCGUGUCCAUCUUUUUAGAGCAUAAAUAGUAUAAGUUCAUUAUGAGUCAAAAAUUACAAUAAUAGUAAAUUAACAAUUAAAAUUGACAAAUUUGAUUAAUUUUUCAUCUCUCUUUAACUGUUGCAUCUAAAACUCCGUUUUUUUUUACUCCUCUAUUUAGUUGCACCACUGGCCAUUCGUGUCUGCUGCAUUGUUAAAUUGAGAAUUAUUCUAUUUUAUAUUCUUUUUGUAGAGAGGAUAUGCGCGAUAAUGUUCCUUGAUAGGGAUGCUUUUAUUUAAAAUUAAUGUGAAUUAAAAAGAAUAUUUACAUAUUUUUCAAAUUAUGAACAAACUAAUGCAUAUCAAUAAUCGUUUAUUAUAUAAAUCCAAAAUAUAAUCUUAUCUUAGAUUAAAUAUUAAUUAAUAAAUAUAUCUUUUAAAUAAUUUUACAGUCUCUAAUUUAAAUAAUUCAAAAUAAUUGAUUCACGCACGUAUUUGUGCAUUAAUAUCGGUUUUACGAUAAUUUUAUGAAUUAAUAUAAAGAUUGAAUAAUUUUUAAAAUUAAAAUUUAUUUUCCUUUUUAACUGACGAGCAAAAAUUCAAAAACAUCUUAAAAGCAUCCUCAUCGCUUCUUAUCAUUAUUGCGUUUUCCUCUUUUUUCUGCUACAUUUAUUUAUUACGCAUGAACUUUGUGCGGAUUAGCAAUCGUGGCGUAAGAUAAAUGAAAUGGAUAGACAUAGUAUUUUGCUGAUCCAACAGUAAGGCUCCUCCAAGUCGCGGGUCCGCGAAUCGAUGACGCUCCACUUCCGGGCUGAAUUUAUUCUAGUCAUUACUAUCUGCAAUUGAAAUCGUAUACUGCGACGAGUUCAUCCUACGUUUCUUGGAACGAACUAUGCUAAAGAGACUUUUUCCCUUAAUCCUUAACGCGCCUGGAAUAAUUUUUCUCCCGCGCUUCGAACGCUCGCUUCGUUAUACUUUCAUAUCGUAUUAUAUGAUCGCUUAAACUUUUUCGUCCUUUCGUUCUUUUUUCUUCCUCAAUAUCUUAAUAACUCUUGUAAAAAAAAUUGUUGUACUUAAACUACAUAUAAUAAUUGUAAUGGAUGUUGCGUUUGUUAGAUCGCAUUCUCAAAUUUCGUUUGCGCCAACGAAACGUCAAGUAAAUAUUUCGCAUAAUGCGCGAAUUCCUCAUCGAUAAAAUGUCGAUUACAGAGUUUAUGAUCAGAGUGAUGUAAAGAACAUCAUAGUAAAGUUUGAACAAUCGCAUUUUUUAUUUCAUAUGAUUUUAUAUGACAACUCUCGUGGCAUGUCGAGUGGAACAAUUUAAGAAUCCUACUAUUAUACUUAGAUUAUUUUAUUUUUAUUAGCUCAAACGUCUAUUUAUAAUACGCCUAUGUAACAUGUAAUGUGCACUGGAUGCACCGCGCUCACAUAGAAAUCUUAUAAAAAUACGAUGUAGAAAUAGUAAAAUCUCGUGUCCUUUUCCGUGUUAUAAACUAUCUUAGAUUUAGUCCGCAGAUCAGGAGUGUGCAAAUAAUUUAUUCAAAAAUUUAAAAAAAAUAUAUGAUAAGGCAAAAAUGUUUGACAAUGAAAUGUUCGUCUUCAAUAUUCUAGCGCGUAUUAUUUUCGCGCUGAAUUAUGUUACAAAAAAUAUUAUAUUACAGAAAUAUAUGUCAAUAAAAAAUAAAAGUGAAAUGUUAUUUAUGACUUUUGCAAUUUAAUCAUCUUUCUAAAAAAAAAAAAACAAUAAUUCUACCUUAAUUGUGCGACGUAAAUAUUUUUUAAUUAUUCAUUAAUAGAUAGCAGAUUUUGCAAUCACAAAUAUUAGAAACAGUUUAUUUAAAUCUAAAAAAAUAUUCGUGAUAGAGCAAAAUUUAAUGCGCGAUUCGAUUAAUUUUGAUUUGAACUAUAUAAACAUGAUUCUUCCUUUGACAUUUGGAUUGUGCACUCCUGUCAACAGGUGGUAACCAAAGCGCACAGUAAGUGUCGAUAACGAUUCUAUUAAUCACGCUCGAUAAUAACACGCGAUAUAAUUGACUUGGAGCAACGAUUUGUUAAAUUACUUAUGCAUCAUGCAAGAUUCUCUUAAGUCAUACUUUUUUGCAGAAUGUACAGAAAUUUGUGUUUAUCAUGUUUAAAAAUAGAACACUAAAUGCGAUGUUCGAUAUAGAUAUUACGUAUAAUAAUCACACCAAAGCUUAGCUCAAUUAUUUUUUUAUUCACGAAAUAUUAAUAUAUGUUGUUAUAUAAUCUGUAAAAUAAUAUUAACUAAUAAAUAAUUUAAUAGUUAGAAGCAAACCGUAAUGUUAUUAUAAUAAAUGAUAUUUCUGUCAUUUGGCAUCAUGUGACUUAAGAGCCUGUUGCUCCAAAUCCUUAACAAUCGCAUGCUCUAUCAAUGUACGCGAAUUUCGAUUCAUAGAUAAAUUAUCUAGUACUCUACAAAUAAUUGUGUGUCUGUGGACGAAACGAUUCGUUCCCUUAAUCGUAAAAUCUAAUUUGGUUAUCACCAGAACAAAGCGCGUGAAAUCCACCUGCGUCUUUUCUGUAUAUUAUAAAGAGAUUUAUUAAGCCUCUAGUAACAACUGAUCGUAAAUAAAAGUUACCUACUUUAA